UAUUAUUUUCUGGAGUCCCUUUUUUUGCCAGAUAACAUAACCCAAUAUCUGGAUUUAAAACCAUCACAAUGUAGACCUGCUGCAGUCAAUUAUUGUGUGAAAACUGUUUAUAAUGGAAAUAAGUUUAUAAUAAGCAGAAAAUUAUUCGAGAACGACCAGUGUACGCAAAAGAACAAUACAACCACAACCACAGAACCGGACACUAAAUGGGUAUCAAAUUUGACUCUUUAUCACGAGCUAUUGGACGUGAACAAUGACGGUGUUGUAUCUAUUGAAGAUUUAAAAGAGUUGACCGAACGUUUUUCAAAAUUAAACAACAUGACGGACGAACAAAGUUUUUUGUUCAGCAGAGUAAUUGAAAACUUAUGGUACAAACAUUGGGGAUGCAUUGAUCCAUUCGAUUACGUUACGGUAGAGAAAUAUUUGAAGUAUAUUCAAUACGUAAAACAAAACGACGAUGGUCUGAAAGAUGAAGUUGUUCAACUUUUACCAUACUUGUUUAAGACUGUUGACAAAGACCAAAAUGGCGAUAUUUCAAAAGAAGAAUAUAUUAAAUUUUUAGAAUGUAUUGGAACAUCAAAGAAGGCCAACUUAAUAAAGUCAUUGGGCAUUGUAAACGACAAAGAUGAAACGAUUAAACUGGAAGAUUUAAUGUUGGUUAUAAAAAAGCAUUUGUUUCACAAUAAAUAUAAAGUGCAAGAUCAAGAUGCAACAAUAGACAACGGCAACGUCAGCUAUAAGUACAACUAACAAUAAUUAUAAGAUAAUCUAUUAUGUACACCUAGCUAUAAUAAUUUGUUUAAUGUUUAUACAUAAUGUAUGGGAUUAUACCUAAAUAAUUAUUUAACAAUUUAACAUGAUAUACUUGCUUAUUUUGAUAUUGAUAUUACCUAUAUCUACUUGUCAUUAAACAUUGACGAUAUUAUCUAAAAUAUUUGUAUUACUUAU